CACUCCGCCCUGCGCCGCCGCCGCCGCCACCAUGACCACCGCCGCGUUCUUCGCCUUCCUGCUGGUUGCUGCCGCCACCGCCGCCUCUGCCGCUCCUAGAGGUCCGGAGCGGCUCAUCACCAAACUGCCCUCCUGGAUCAAGACUUGCAGCAGGAAUGACCCCAAUCUGAAUGAGUGCAUCAGGCAGAUGAUUAUGGAGACCGUCCGCAAAUCAAAGGAUGGUAUUCCUGAACUGGGUGCCCCUGCCAGUGACCCGUUCCUAGUACGAGAGAUGCUGCUGGAGUACCAGCAGGGCGACGUGGAGGGCAAGGUGCUGAUCAAGAACUCUCUCGUCCACGGCCUCAGCGACGUCAUCGUCAAAGACGUCAGGAUGAACCUGAAUGAUGGCGGAAAAUUCCGUUUUGAGGCCGACGUGAUAUUCAAGCGCUUACUCCUCGAGGGAGAGUACAAAGGACAAGGCAAAAUCAUCACCUUCCCUAUUGAUGGCAAGGGUGUCUUCAACAACUCGAUGACUGAUGUUGUGGGCACGUUCAACGUGACUGGAGAGUACUACCAGAAGGCUGGACGUCCAUUCUUGAAACUGACUCGCUUCUCCUUCCUGCCAGAGGUGGGCACCAUGAAGAUAUACGCCUCUAACCUCUUCGCAGGGAACGACGAGCUCAACAAGGCGGCUCUGGCGUUCGCCAACGAGUUUUGGCCGGUGCUCUACAAGGAGUUGCUGCCGUACGCGGACGAGGCCUGGGACAAGGUAAUGCGCAACGAGGCCAACAAGGUGCUCGCCGCCAUCCCGUUCGACGUCCUCUUCCCUGACAAGUAGGCGGCCGCUGCCGGCGACGUCUGCACAACCACAAUCCCACCUCCAGACUGACGUCUUCUGUCUGGAAUCACCGCCACACAAUCAGCAAAAUGCACGCACUAUCACAAAAACUCUACUCCCACACAGGAACGUCAGUGCCAAUCAUAUUGCUGUAAAUGGGCGCACAAAGUGAUAUCCAAAAGGUAUCGCGCAAAGCCCCUCUGCAAGAGUUCUGUGACCUUGGUAGUAACUUCAGUGUAACAUGUUUGUGACACCUUCUCAUCCUAGAGGAUUCAUCCAACUAUACGCAUAGGGCCCUCUAAUGCCACUGGCUUUUUAUGUCAUUAUAAUGUAUGAAAGUACGAUGAAAGUUGUAAUGACAUAUGCCAGUGAUGUACGGCUACCAAAUUAUAUGGUGACCAGAAUCGCAGCUUGUCAUAUGGUAAUGGUACAUUAUCACAGUAAACGGAAAUUAAUUUUGUCUGUUUAAACUAGCGCAGUUACAGAUUUGUAUAUUUUAACGCAUAUAUAAUUCUGUUAUACCACCAUUACACUAUCAAGAAAAAUCACACGUGCAGCAGACAUCUGUAUCAUUGUACUCAGUAAUAAAUGCACUUGCAUCUAAAA